AUGCCUCCCCGAAGCUCACUGACUAGCUCCUUCUCGGUGACCGAUGCCAACAAUGAGGUCGUCUGUCCCUUGAAGAAUAACGACGGUUCCAAUUGUCGCAAGCGAUGUCUAGGGGAAAAACGCUAUCGAUCUAUGCAGGAGCACAUUCGACGUGCGCAUCCGAAUCACUACAUCCCGAAGCUCCCGGCGACCGAGGAGAGCUUCCUGCUGAUGGUGAACACCCCGCCUGAGCAACGUGUGCAGCUAUCUCCGCCAGAACCCGCCCAACCCCGGCGACCUCACGAUGUGGCGCCGGAAAGGGACAUCUAUGUCGCUGAUGCCGGCUCUCCGGUUACCCCUCGAGCUGAUGAACCUCACCCAGCGGCGGCCACCGCGGCAGUUGCGCUGGCACAAUUGCACCACCAUAGACUGGCCUCUGACUGGGACACAGACAUGGAUACCCAUUCUGAUACCGACUUGAGUCAUCCGCGCAUGCGCGGAAUUGAACUGCCCCCGCUGCGUGAUCAUUUCAAGCAGGAGUCUCUCCCGCAAUUUUCGCCCCGUCCUCGCGAGCUUCUUCCAUCCAUCCUCAAUCACUCUCCGCCCGGUCGCUCAUCCACAUUACCGCCAAUUCAGCGACGAGACAAAUAUUCCCGUCCGCGCAAAUCGUCGAUCAGUCAAUCGGCCCGCAAACCCAAGCAGGAUCGGCCCAAGUCCAAGGAGUUCGGACGGCGACCCAGUCUUACUGACCGCAAAGCGCUUUCAGCAGAGCCGCAGACCGCGGCCUGGGCGCAAGGCAAGCGCUGGGAGGAUUUGAUUGAAGCUGCGACGUCAGCGACCGAAGCAGAUGAUGAGCGCUAUUCUGAGGCCGGUCCGUCUCCCACGAUUGCCCCACUACUCUCCAACGUGACGUCGGCUCCUUCUGUGAAAAAUCGGUCUUCGCUACCACCCGCUUUCCAAUCCACGGGACUGCCUCCUAUUUCUUCACAUCGGCAAUUCCCAGGGCAUUCCUACGCCGCCUCACCCCUGCACAAAGCCUUGACUCCACCGCCGUUCGAUACUCACCGUCGUGACAACGAUUUGGAACCAUUCCCAUCCAUUGAAUCAUCACUCGACUCGAUGUCUUCAGCAUCCGGCAGGAACUUUGCCUCCUCGGUUUCAGGAGUGGCACCGUCCGUGAAUUCGGAUUCAAGUCCAGUCCUGAAUCUUAUACCACCCAUCCAACGUCCACACCACCGAUUCUCUAAUCCGACUCCAUCGUCCUUCCGCAACAAAGAGGUCCAAGUUUUCUGCGCCAAUUGCAAACGACCUUCUGCUUUGAAUGAAUGCUAUGCGUGCACGGAGUGCAUCUGUGGAGUUUGUCGCGAAUGUGUGGGCGCGUUCAUUGGCAGUCCGCCCUCUUCAUUCCGGACUCCAGGAAACGGGCAUUUAAACAAUGGAUCUCAAGGGCCGACAAGUUACCCUGGUCCUCGUGGAUGUCCACGAUGUCGAACUGUGGGAGGGCAAUGGAAAGCCUUCCAAAUUGAUAUCAAAUGA